CGCAUGGACCGGAAACGGACCUUUUCUUGUGGCGGAACCCCCGCCACUUGGUAGUUGUCCUACACGGAGCAUAGUUAGUGUAACUCCAUGAUGGCAGCGGUGAUGGAAAAACAUGUGGAGAUGCCAGGGGACGAUGCUGAGCCUCAGAUUGAGGAGAACGAUGACCAGAGUGGUUCCGAAGCAGGGAAUAAGGAAGAAGGGUCAGAUGAUGGAGGUUCAGAUGAUGGAGGGUCAGAUGAUGGAGGGUCAGAUGAUGGAGGGAGCAAUGGAGAGGAGGCAGAUGAUGACGAUGAUGGUGACAAGGAGGAAGAGGAAGGGGAAGGUAACACCAAUGCUGGAUGGGCGGAAGCCAUGGCAAAGAUCCUGGGGAAGAAAACUGCUGAGAGCAAAAGCAUCAUCUUGGUCAAGAACAAAGAGUUGGACAAGAUGAAGGAGAGAGAGAGGCAGGAGCAGCAGGAGAGAAAGAAACAGGUUGACGAGAAGCGAUCAUGGGAGAUGAUGUCCAGGGAGAAACCUGACAUAGUGGUGGACCGAGAAACUGAGAGAGCUCUUCAGAGGAUUGCUACCAGAGGGGUGGUGCAGCUAUUCAAUGCUGUGAAGAAACACCAGAAGAAUGUGGAUGACAAGGUGAAGGAAGUGGGUGGCUCGGAGAGGAAGAAAGCCAAGAUUCUUGGUACUGUGUCUAAGAGGGAUUUCAUCGAUGUGCUGAGGAGGACUGAGGAAGGCUCCAGAGGCACCGGCACACUGACCGACACUGCUGCUGCAACAGAGGAGAAGCCUGCCUGGAGCAUCCUCAGAGAUGACUUCAUGAUGGGGGCCACCAUGAAGGACUGGGACAAAGACAGUGACAAGGAGGAGACUGAGCCAUAGACAGCAGAGGGGUUAGAGGAAAGUGAUUCAGACUGACCCCAUCUACACAGACUGAAGGGACUGCGUUGAGCAGGCUCAGGUGCCUUCUGCAGGAAUAGUCUGGGUAAAGGAACUCAGACGGGAAAAAAUGGUUCUUUAAUAACUUUUUUAUAGCAGGUUACACUCUGAUAUAAGUUGGUGAAUAAUUGUCCAGGGAUGGGACAAUCUAUGUCCUGAAGAGAGUAUGUGGACUGGAAGAAGUCAAAGGAGCUCCUCUGUGUGGCCUUUCAUCACAGAGUCGGCAUCAAUCGGCUCGUGUUAUUACCUGGAAACUCUGUAAAUAGUCAUGUUUUGUACAGUGCUAGUUGAAUAAACAGCCAUGUCGUGUAUCACCCACAA